GUUGCUGCUGGUUGUUAGCUGCCUUGGUUGCUAGGGACUCGCUUGGGAUCUCUGAGAGCCUCAGCUGAUCGGGCCUGAGCAGGAGAGGGGUACUGCUUGAUGUUGGGGUGCACAGGGUUAAAGAGCUUGCAAUCUGUUCUCGGACCUGGUGGAUAACAUCAUUCAAAAUGUCUUGGAUUUCGGGUGAAAACGAUAUGGAGGCUGAUGAACUGGGAGAGCUUGGCCACAUUACUGAUGAUGAAGUGUCUGUUGUUACCUAUGAAUCGGAUACAGACAAGAAGGGGAAGAAGAAGAAAGGAAUAAAGUCUUCCAGAUUACAAAAUUCUCCAUAUCUUUCGAGCGCUAAGCUGUUCACAAACAAGGCUCCUGUGUGGCGGUCUUUGAAAGGAACGGGUCAAAUGCACACCGAGAACCCUAUGGCUAAAGUGCCCCGGCAGCUGUGGCUGGCAUCUCUAAAACAAGGGAACAGUGUGACUCAGCCUGUGAAAUCGAACACAGACACUGGACAAGCCUGGGCCAGUCCUACAAGCAGCACUCCAGAAUAUCUCAAAGAAGCUCUUGGGAUGAAGAAACCUAAAUACUCUCGUUCUUCUAGCAAUGGUUAUAUCCCGGGGACACCAGACUACAAAGAGAAAGAACAUAUGUAUGACCAGAUCAUAGACUUGAAGAAGACGCUGCAGAAUCAGAAAUCUGAGUGUGACAUAAUGAAAACAAAACUGAGAAGAUUGGAGGAGGAGAACAGUCGGAAAGAUAGGCAGAUUGAACAGCUACUGGAUCCUUCCAGGAGCUCAGAAUAUACAAGAAGCUUGGUGGACAAAAAAAAUGAUAGCAGUAUGCUGGUAAACAAUCUUAAACAAAAGAUCCUGAAAUUGGAAAAGCAAUGUAAGGAAAAGGAUAAUGCCCUAAGCAAACUCCAAACAGAUCUGAAGACAACAAGCCUGGAGGAGAUGAAGAUGGCUAUGGAAACCUAUUACGAAGAGAUUCAACGGCUGCAGUUACUGCUGGCUAAAUUUGAAACAAAAGAGAAAAGAUCACCACCAGAAAGUAAAGAGUCUCAGAAAACACAGAAAGUCCUGAAUUCUGCAGUGGUGCGAUUAUCCAAGCGUGUAAAGGAAUUGCAGGAGGAGAAUCACAGCUUAAAAACUGAUCUGGACAGAGCGUUGUCCAAGUCUCCCAUGUCUGCCAAGUCUAAAGGUUACAGUGACUGGAGUAAGCAGAGGCUGGUGAGAAGAAUUUCAGAACUUGAAAAGAAGUUGGAGAAGCAGAGUCCAUCCUCUGCAGAGGAAGGCUCUGGAGAUCUUAAAUCUCAGAAGGAAGGUGACUUAAUCCAGCCCAAGCCUGACCUUAAAGAAGAAUGCGAGCGCUUGAAGAAAUUAAUUACGAAAGUAAAAGAAGACCGAGGAGCUCUUCAAGUUCUUCUAGAAACCAAAGAGUCAGAGACAAAAAAACUCAAGCAAGAAAAGACAGAACUGGAAAAACAACUACAAAAAGCAUCGGAUAGGAACGCAGAGAGAGAAGAAAUGCAACGACUUAAGCAAAAAAUAAAGAAGUUGGAGGCCGCGCUGGAGGAUGAAAAGCAUGAGAAGGAAGCCACGCUGAAAGCUGUAAAAAAGCAUGAAUUCCUGGGAUCCCGUCCCAGUUCUGCAAGGAGCACACGUAGCGUAAUGUCAGAUUCACAGUCCAUUAUUACGCCAACAGAAAGGCAGCGCAAACAGGAAGCCGCCCAGCUAAUACAAAAGAACUGGAAACUCUAUAAAAGCAAGAAAGAAAUCGAUAACUCAGAAGAGGUGAAAGGUUUUUCAGGAGACCAAAUGGUGACUUUGCUUCAGGCAGCUUUACGAGGACAUUUAGCAAGACAGAAGUAUUUAUCUACCGGUUCACUACCUCGUUCAAAGUCUCCCAAAGCAGAGAGCCUCACGGAUCAGGACACCACCGAUACACUAGAUAACUAUAAGAAUGAAGAUGAAGCUGUGAGUUUCCUGCAAGCUGCAUUUAGGGCACAUUUAGCACGCUCAAAAAUGCUCGGACAAAGGUCAAUCGAGCCGAGAGGUCGGGAUAGUCCUCGCAGUAGUUUUCAGAAAGACAACAGAAGGUCACUGUUUUCCUACAAAUCUUUUGAAACCAAUACACCUAGUGGAAGCAUUGGAGAUCUCAGGGAGGAUUAUAUUGAGGAGCUAUCAUCAGAAGAAGAGAAGGAAGAAGCGGCUCAGAAGAGGGAGUCCAUCAAAUAUUCACCCCAGCGACCACCUUCAGUUUCAUCGAAGAUCCAGCAACCUAUUGAGGAAAUACAUUCAGAUGAUUCUGAUGACAUAAUAAUUGUGUCUCCAUCACGACCUCCCAGGAGAAAAGACUCUAAUUUUUAAGGAUGCAGCCUUGUGCCUUUUUUCACUCAACUCAUGCUGGAAAUUCUAUGAUCUAACUGCAGGGUUUUUUAUUUUAUUUUUA